GAUACUAAGACUUUUAGAGGAGGAGGGUGGGAGGAGAGAUUCUGAGAAACAGAAAGGAAGAAAGAAAAGAAAAGGGAAUGGAAAGAGAGGGAGAGGAAAUGAGAGAGGAAGGAGGGAGGACUGCUUUGUAGCUGCUAAGAUUGCAGACAGAAAUAGCACACAACCACCGUGAGCUGUGUGCAACUCAGAAACCAAGACCAAAUUGUACUCACUUUUAUUAAUCAGUUGCUCACAAAGAAGGAAAUGACAUCUGGUCCUGUCUUCUUCUACAUCUUAAUUUUGGGUAAAUACUUGGUUCCCGGGAGUGGGCAGGAUGUCAAGUGCUCCCUCGGCUAUUUCCCCUGUGGGAAUAUCACCAAGUGCCUGCCUCAGCUGCUUCAUUGCAACGGUGUGGACGACUGUGGCAACCAGGCGGAUGAGGACAACUGCGGAGACAACAAUGGAUGGUCUUUGCAAUUUGACAAGUAUUUCGCCAGUUACUACAGAAUCACUUCCCCAUAUCCCUUUGAGACACAAACAUCGGAAUGCUUGGUCGGUUCUGUGCCCAUGCAAUGUCUUUGCCGAGGUUUAGAGGUUGACUGUGAUGAGACCAAUUUACGAGCUGUUCCAUCAGUUUCUUCAAAUGUGACUGUAAUGUCACUUCAGUGGAACUUAAUACGAAAGCUUCCUCCUGAUGGCUUCAAGAAGUACCAUAAUCUUCAAAAACUGUGUCUGCAAAACAACAAGAUUAGAUCCAUACCCAUCUAUGCAUUCCGAGGACUCUACAGUCUUACUAAACUGUAUCUCAGCCAUAACAGAAUAACUUUCUUGAAGCCGGGUGUUUUUGAAGAUCUCCACAGACUAGAAUGGCUGAUAAUUGAAGAUAAUCACCUCAGUCGAAUUUCCCCACUAACAUUUUAUGGACUAAAUUCUCUUAUUCUCUUAGCAUUGAUGAAUAAUGUCCUCACCCAUUUGCCAGACAAACCUCUUUGUCAGCACAUGCCAAGACUGCAUUGGCUGGACUUUGAAGGCAACCAUAUCCAUAAUUUAAGAAAUUUGACUUUUAUUUCCUGCAGUAAUUUAACUGUUUUGGUAAUGAGGAAAAACAAAAUUAAUCACCUAAAUGAAAAUACUUUUGCACCUCUCCAGAAGCUAGAUGAGUUGGAUUUAGGAAGUAAUAAGAUUGAAAACCUCCCACCGCAACUAUUUAAAGAUCUGAAGGAGCUCUCACAACUGAAUCUUUCCUACAACCCAAUCCAGAAAAUUCAAGCAGAUCAAUUUGAUUAUCUUGUCAAACUCAAGUCUCUCAGCCUAGAAGGAAUUGAAAUUUCAAAUAUCCAACAAAGGAUGUUUAGACCUCUACUGAAUCUCUCUCACAUAUAUUUUAAGAAAUUCCAGUACUGUGGGUUUGCACCCCAUGUUCGCAGCUGCAAACCAAACACUGAUGGGAUCUCAUCUCUAGAAAACCUCUUGGCAAACAUUAUUCAGAGAGUGUUUGUCUGGGUUGUAUCUGCAGUUACAUGCUUUGGAAACAUCUUUGUCAUCUGUAUGAGACCUUAUAUCAGGUCUGAGAACAAGCUACAUGCCAUGUCAAUCAUUUCUCUCUGCUGUGCUGACUGCCUCAUGGGAAUAUAUCUGUUUCUGAUUGGAGCCUUUGACCUCAAGUUUCGUGGAGAAUACAACAAGCAUGCACAGCUGUGGAUGGAGAGUAUUCACUGUCAGCUUGUGGGAUCUUUGGCCAUUCUGUCCACUGAAGUAUCAGUGUUACUUCUAACAUUUCUGACACUGGAAAAAUAUAUCUGCAUUGUCUAUCCUUUUAGGUGUUUAAGACCUAGAAAAUGCAGAACAAUUACAGUUCUGAUUCUCAUUUGGAUUACUGGGUUUAUAGUGGCUCUCAUUCCACUGACCAAUAAGGAAUUUUUCAAAAACUACUAUGGCACCAAUGGAGUGUGUUUCCCUCUUCAUUCAGAAGAUACUGGAAGUACUGGAGCCCAGAUUUAUUCAGUGACAAUUUUUCUUGGUGUUAACCUGGCGGCGUUUAUCAUCAUAGUUUUUUCCUACGGAAGCAUGUUUUACAGCGUGCAUCAAAGUGCCAUAACAGCAACCAAAAUACGGAAUCAAGUUAAAAAAGAGAUGAUCCUUGCCAAACGUUUUUUCUUUAUUGUAUUUACUGAUGCAUUAUGCUGGAUACCCAUUUUUGUACUGAAAUUUCUUUCAUUACUUCAGGUAGAAAUACCAGGUACCAUAACCUCUUGGGUAGUGAUCUUUAUUCUGCCUAUCAACAGUGCUUUGAACCCAAUUCUAUAUACUCUGACCACAAGACCAUUCAAAGAAAUGAUCCAUCAGUUUUGGUAUAACUACAGACAAAGAAAAUCUGUUGACAGCAAAGGAAGUCAGAAAACAUAUGCUCCAUCAUUCAUAUGGGUAGAAAUGUGGCCACUACAGGAGAUGCCACCUGAGUUAAUAAAGCCAGCUCUUUUCACAGACCCCUGUGAACUGUCACUAAUUUCUCAAUCAACUAGACUCAAUUCCUAUUCAUGACCGACUCUGAAAACCAUUGCUACACAGGGAAUAUUGUGGGAUG